AUGAAUUUUUUCAAGACAAAACCGCGCACACCCCCUGAUCUCGUCCGAGGGCUCCGGGACGCGAUCCCGAAGUUGGAGGCGGGGCCACCGGGCGGAGAGACGAGGCGAAAGAAUCUGCAGGCGAUCAAGGGGAUCUUAUAUGGCGACGGAGAUCCCGUGCCUGAGGUAGUGGCCCAGCUUGCACAGGAGACGUACAGCACGGAUCUGUUAUACCAUCUGGUCGUCAAUAUUGCAAAGUUCGAGUUCGAAGCCCGGAAGGACGUCGUUCAGAUAUUUAAUAACCUUCUCCGACGGCAGAUUGGUUCACGAUACCCAACAGUGGAGUACAUAUGCCAGAAGAAAGACGUGAUCUUCGCCGCAUUCAAGGGCUACGAGAACGAGGAGGUGGCGCUGAACACAGGGAUGAUUUUGCGCGAGAUGCUAAGGCACGAGCCUUUGUGCAAGAUUCUGUUGUAUUCUGAACAAUUUUACAUGUUCCCUCACUACAUUGAGACCACCACGUUCGGCAUUUCUUGCGACGUCUAUACGAACCUCAAGGAGUGCUUAACACGGCACAAGCCCAUGGUCGCAGAAUUCCUAGACAAGAACUAUGAUCGGUUCUUUUCAUCCUUCACCACGCUCAUCCUCUCCAACAACUAUGUUACAAAGCGACAGUCAUUAAAGCUGCUCGGCGAAAUCCUCCUGGACCGAGCCAACUUCAACGUGAUGACCCGGUACAUCGCAAACGAAGCGAACUUGAAGAUGAUGAUGAACCUGCUCCGAGACAAGAGCAAGAACAUCCAGUUCGAGGCAUUCCACGUCUUCAAGGUCUUUGUUGCGAACCCCAAGAAACCCCCACAGAUCGAAGCGAUCCUCCGGAGGAAUAAGGAGAAACUGUUAGCGUUCCUGAAGAACUUCCACAACGACAAGGAGGACGAGCAGUUCACAGACGAGAAGCAGUUCCUGAUCGUCCAGAUACAGAACCUCUGA